GCUUAGGGGAAACUUGUGAGGGGCGCCGGCGCCUGGCGCGCGGAGACCGUGGGUCGGAGCGCCCCGCGGGAGCCGGUGCGGACCGAGGGCAGCAACUUUCCCCGAGCGCAGGCCCUGCGCUGCGCCCGGGCGCGCCAUCUGCCCGGGUGGGGGACGCUUCCUUCGCGCCGCCUGUCCGGGCGGCUCUAGCUCCGAAUCCAGAGGCUCCCGGGGGGCCCCCAGUGACCCGCCCGCUCCGCUCUGGCCCUCUCUUCGGGGGUCCUGCCCCCCUCACCCCCAGCAGGGUCCGCGGGCGCAAUGGAGCGCGCUGCCGGUCCUCUCCGAAAUGCCUUCUCUGGUCGGGUUCUCGAAAGCAAAGCCCCGGGGGCCCCCCUCGACUGUGGCGUGCCGGGCCAUGGUCCGCGCGCCGAGCCCGGGGCGCCGUGGGGGGAUCAUGCGGGGGCUCCCCGUCCGGGGCCGGUGCCGCCGCGGUGCCCAGGGGGCGCGUUCCUGCCUGCCACCCCCCACCCGGAGGAGCGGCGCGCCCUCGGGGUUCGCCCCGAACCUGCCGGCUCCGCGCUCGCGGAGCUUGGACAGCCCCGGGACUCUGCCAGGUGGAUGUUGUGCGUAGCCGGAGCCAAGUUGAAGAGGGAACUCGAUGCCACCGCAACAGUACUGGCGAACCGGCAAGAUGAAAGCGAGCAGUCCAGAAAGCGACUUAUCGAGCAGAGCCGCGAGUUCAAGAAGAACACUCCAGAGGAUUUGCGCAAGCACGUAGCGCCGCUGCUGAAGAGCUUCCAGGGCGAGAUUGAUGCACUGAGUAAAAGAAGCAAAGAAGCCGAGGCAGCCUUCUUGAAUGUCUACAAAAGAUUGAUCGACGUUCCAGAUCCCGUGCCUGCCCUGGACCUCGGGCAGCAGCUCCAGCUCAAAGUGCAGCGUCUGCACGACAUUGAAACGGAGAACCAAAAGCUUCGGGAAACUCUGGAAGAGUACAACAAGGAAUUUGCCGAAGUGAAAAAUCAAGAGGUUACGAUAAAAGCACUUAAAGAAAAAAUCCGAGAAUAUGAACAGACUCUGAAGAACCAAGCGGAGACUAUAGCUCUCGAAAAGGAACAGAAGUUACAAAAUGAUUUUGCGGAAAAGGAGAGAAAGCUGCAGGAGACGCAGAUGUCCACCACCUCAAAGCUGGAGGAAGCGGAACACAAAGUUCAAAGUCUGCAGACAGCCCUGGAAAAAACUCGAACAGAAUUAUUUGACCUGAAAACCAAAUACGAUGAAGAAAUUACUGCCAAGGCCGACGAAAUUGAAAUGAUCAUGACGGACCUUGAAAGAGCAAACCAGAGGGCAGAGGUGGCCCAGAGAGAGGCGGAGACUUUGAGGGAGCAGCUCUCGUCGGCCAACCACUCUCUCCAGCUGGCCUCGCAGAUCCAGAAGGCGCCGGACGUGGAGCAGGCCAUAGAGGUGCUGACCCGCUCCAGCCUGGAAGUUGAGUUGGCGGCUAAAGAGCGGGAGAUCGCGCAGCUGGUGGAGGACGUGCAGCGGCUCCAGGCCAGCCUCACGAAGCUGCGGGAGAACUCAGCCAGCCAGAUCUCCCAGCUCGAGCAGCAGCUGAGCGCCAAGAACAGCACCCUCAAACAACUGGAAGAAAAACUCAAAGGACAGGCUGACUAUGAAGAAGUGAAGAAAGAACUAAACAUUCUGAAGUCCAUGGAGUUCGCACCGUCCGAGGGCGCUGGGACACAGGACGCAUCCAAGCCCCUGGAGGUGCUGCUGCUGGAGAAGAACCGCUCGCUGCAGUCCGAGAACGCCGCGCUGCGCAUCUCCAACAGCGACCUGAGUGGGUCAGCCAGGAGAAAAGGGAAAGACCAGCCUGAGAGUCGGCGUCCUGGACCUUUGCCGGCCUCCCCUCCUCCUCAGUUGUCCCGCAACACGGGGGAGCAGGCUUCCAAUACUAAUGGUACACACCAGUUCACACCAGCGGGGUUAACGCAAGACUUUUUCAGCUCAUCCCUGGCAAGCCCCAGCCUACCCCUGGCUUCUACGGGAAAAUUUGCACUAAACUCUCUCCUCCAACGACAGCUCAUGCAGUCCUUCUACUCCAAGGCCGUACAGGAAGCAGGAAGCACAAGCAUGAUUUUUUCAACAGGUCCAUACAGCACAAACUCCAUAUCUUCCCAAAGUCCAUUACAACAGAGCCCAGAUGUAAAUGGCAUGGCCCCAUCCCCCAGCCAGUCAGAGAGCGCUGGGAGCGUCUCCGAGGGCGAGGAGAUAGACACGGCCGAAAUCGCCCGGCAGGUGAAGGAACAGUUGAUCAAGCACAAUAUCGGACAGCGUAUCUUCGGACACUAUGUCUUGGGACUGUCUCAAGGGUCCGUGAGCGAGAUUCUGGCCCGGCCCAAGCCCUGGAAUAAACUGACCGUUCGCGGCAAGGAGCCCUUUCACAAGAUGAAGCAGUUCCUCUCGGACGAGCAGAACAUCUUGGCUCUUCGCAGCAUCCAAGGCAGACAAAGAGAGAACCCAGGCCAGAGCCUGAACAGACUAUUUCAGGAAGUACCGAAACGAAGAAAUGGGUCCGAAGGUAACAUCACGACCCGGAUCCGAGCCUCCGAUUCCGGAUCCGACGAAGCAAUCAAGUCCAUCCUGGAACAAGCCAAAAGGGAGCUGCAGGUGCAGAAAACGGCAGAGCCGGCCCAGCCUUCGUCCACGUCCAGCAGCGGGAGCUCCGACGACGCCAUCCGCUCCAUCCUGCAGCAGGCCCGCCGCGAAAUGGAGGCCCAGCAGGCCGCCCUCGACCCCGCCUUAAAGCCCGCGCCAUUGUCCCAGGCGGACCUCGCCAUCCUGACCCCCAAGUUGAUACCCUCCUCGCCCAUGUCGUCCGUGUCCAGCUACCCUCCGCUCGCCCUCUCCUUGAAGAAGCCCCCCUCUGCCCCCGAUGCCGGCGCCGCCGCUCUGCCCAACCCCCCGGCCCUCAAAAAGGAGUCCCAGGACGCGCCCGGGCUGGACCUCCAAGGAGCGGCCGAGUCCGCACAGGGGGUCCUGAGACACGUGAAGAGCGAGCUGGGCCGCGGCGGCGUGUGGAAGGACCACUGGUGGAGCCCCGUCCAGCCCGAGCGCAAGGGCGCCGCGCCCCCCGAGGACACCAAGUCGGAAGACGCCGGCGGCGUGAAGGAGAAAGGUGGCAGCAGCCAGCCACGGGCCGAGCGCAGCCAGCUCCAGGGACCCUCGUCGUCAGAGUACUGGAAGGAGUGGCCCAGCGCCGAGUCGCCGUACUCCCAGAGCUCGGAGCUGAGCCUCACCGGGGCCAGCCGCAGCGAGACGCCCCAGAACAGCCCCCUGCCCUCCUCCCCGAUCGUGCCCAUGUCCAAGCCCGCCAAGCCCUCGGUGCCUCCGCUGACCCCAGAGCAGUACGAGAUCUACAUGUACCAGGAGGUGGACACCAUUGAGCUCACCCGGCAGGUGAAGGAGAAGCUGGCCAAGAACGGCAUCUGUCAGAGGAUCUUCGGGGAGAAGGUCCUAGGCCUGUCCCAGGGCAGCGUCAGUGACAUGCUGUCCCGGCCAAAGCCUUGGAGCAAGCUGACACAGAAAGGCCGCGAACCCUUCAUCCGGAUGCAGCUCUGGCUCAACGGCGAGCUGGGCCAGGGUGUCCUGCCCGUGCAGGGACAGCAGCAAGGGCCAGUUCUCCAUUCUGUGACGUCACUACAGGACCCCCUGCAGCAGGGCUGUGUGAGUUCAGAAAGCACUCCAAAGACCUCCGCCAGCUGCAGCCCUGCCCCCGAGUCACCGAUGAGCUCCAGCGAGUCCGUGAAGAGUCUGACGGAGCUGGUCCAACAGCCCUGUCCCCCCAUCGAAGCGAGUAAGGAUGGCAAACCACCAGAGCCCAGCGACCCACCCGCCUCCGACUCCCAGCCCGCCACCCCGCUGCCUCUUUCCGGACACUCGGCCCUCAGCAUCCAAGAGCUGGUGGCCAUGUCUCCAGAGCUGGACACCUACGGCAUCACCAAGAGGGUCAAGGAGGUGCUGACGGACAACAAUCUCGGUCAGCGCUUAUUUGGGGAGACCAUCUUAGGGCUCACCCAGGGCUCCGUCUCAGACCUCCUCGCUCGCCCAAAGCCCUGGCAUAAGCUCAGUCUGAAAGGACGGGAGCCCUUUGUCCGGAUGCAGCUGUGGCUGAAUGACCCCAACAAUGUGGAGAAGCUGAUGGACAUGAAGCGCAUGGAAAAGAAAGCGUACAUGAAGCGGCGACACAGCUCAGUCAGCGACAGCCAGCCCUGUGAGCCCCCGUCCGCGGGCAUCGACUACAGCCAGGGCGCCAGCCCCCAGCCCCAGCACCAGCUGAAGAAACCCCGAGUGGUGCUGGCUCCAGAGGAGAAAGAAGCUCUGAAACGAGCUUAUCAGCAAAAGCCAUACCCGUCCCCAAAAACCAUCGAAGAACUCGCCACCCAGCUCAACUUGAAAACCAGCACCGUCAUCAACUGGUUCCACAAUUACAGGUCUCGGAUCCGCAGAGAACUGUUCAUUGAGGAGAUUCAGGCGGGGAGCCAGGGCCAGGCCGGGGCCAGCGACUCCCCGUCGGCCCGAAGCAGCCGGGCGGCGCCCAGCUCGGAGGGCGACAGCUGCGACGGCGUGGAAGCCGCCGAGGGCCCGGGCGCCGUGGACGCCGAGGAGCCGGGCGGCCCCGCGGCCGCCGCCAAGUCUCAGGGAGGGCCGGCCGAGGCCCCGGAGGAGCGGGAGGAGGCGCCAAGGCCGGCGGAGAAGGCGCAGCCGCCGCCCUCGGGGGCCCCGGCCCCGGACGACGCCGACGACGAGGGCCGGCCCCGGGCGCCCCCGCCGCCCCCGCCCCCGCCGCCGCCGCCCCCGCCGCCGCCCCCGCCGCCCGAGGGCCCCGCCGACGGCCCGGGGUCCGUGCCAAACCCCGCCAUCGCCACCGCCGCGCCCGCGGCCGGGGAGGACGCCGCUACCUCAGCCGCCCCGCCGGCGGAGGGCCCCUGCCGGGCCCGGGACGGCGCCGACAGGAGUUCCGCUUUGCCAAGCACCAGCGCGCCGGCGGCCGCCCGCAGGGCCAGCUCGUUGCAGAGCCUCUUCGGCCUCCCGGAGGCGGCGGGCGCCCGGGACUCGCGAGACAACCCCUUGAGGAAGAAGAAGGCCGCGAACUUGAACAGCAUAAUCCACCGCCUGGAGAAGGCCGCCAGCCGGGAGGAGCCCAUCGAAUGGGAGUUCUGAGAGGGCGCCGCCCGCCGAGCCGGGCCGGGCGGGGCCGAGUCUGGCCGAGCUGGGCCGAGCUGGGCCGGGCCGAGCCGAGUCGGGCCGAGCUGGGCCGAGCCGAGCCGCGUCUCGCCAAGCCGGGCCGAGUCUGGCCGAGUCUGGCCAAGUCGGGCCGAGUCUGGCCAAGCUGGGCCGAGCCGGGCAGAGCCGAGUCUGGCCGAGCUGGGCCGAACUGGGCCAAGCCGAGCCGAGCCUGGCCGAGCCGCGCCGGGCUGGGCUGGGCUGGGCCGCGCCGGGCCGGGUCGGGCCGCGCCGGGCCGGGCCGGGCAGAGGGGCGGGCGCCGACUCCGCGGCCUGGACCGUGUUGCGCACUUACCGCCCUGCGGGCCACAGGGCAAAAUCGCCAUAGGCCAAGGUGCAUAUAGAAAACAAAGGAGCAUUAAGCCCAAUCUAUGUCGUGUUUUCAAGGAAGAAAACGGAAAUGUGUAGUCGAGCUUUUUUGUACCCUGAAGUGUUUUUUUUAUUGCCCUAAGUGAUUUCCACAGGUUCUGGAAUAACUCUUACAGCUUUGCCUUGCGCCCUCCUCUUUCGUGUGGGCUUUAAAAAAAAAAAAAAAAUCAAACCCACAUAUUAAAAGGGGGCUUUUUAUCUGCCAUCUAAUGGCUUCAGAGCGAUAAUACACUAUUAUCUUCUUAAACCAGGAAAAAAAGGGGGGGAGGGGGGAUUUUUCAGAAAAUUAAAAAAGAAAGUUUUUGUAGCUGUUCAGUUGCCACUAAGAGAUUGCACAGUCAAACCGACUCUAAACACACUAGUUUGGAUUCCUAAAUAUUUUCAAGUAAAGAAUCUUCUCGUUUGAGACUUUGAAUUAAGAUAAAACACAUUUACUCCACAUAUUUUUUAACAGAAAGAGAAGUCACAUCAGGAAAUGAUCUGAUUUUGUGGUAGCUGAGGUAGUGUUUUCUCGUACGUGCAUAGAAUCCUGACAUGUAGUGCACAGUGAUCCAUAGCUUUAACUGACCUCUGGGCUUUUGCCGGCCAGGGUCUGUUUAAUACACUCCAUUCUAGGCCAAAUCAGGACAAAAAGAAAAGAUCCGAAUCUAGGUAUUUUAUAAUCUGCUUUUUAACCUCUAACCGCAGAGCACGCUGAUCAGACCUCAUAUCUCGGAGGUUUAGGAGACAAGUUAGAACUGUAGCAUGUCCCCGUUCAUUCUGUUUAAUUUAUGGUGUCUACGUCUGUGUUAGCGCGUCGGCACGCGUGCGAGCGUGUAAAGCCCGGAGGAAAGAGUUGGGCCGCUGAGGCGGCGGCAGGCAGUCGGGGGCCGCAGGGGCCCGGCCGGCGUGGGCAACAGGCUUUCCUUGGCACAGAAGGCAGCGCACUGCACAGCACUCUCCCGGGCGCCUGAUGGACUGAGCCCCACCAGGGGCCGCCGCUCCCGGGCCUGGGCAGGGCUCUCGCGCACGCGCACUCUCCUCCUCCCCCCCCCCCCCCCCCCCCCCCCGCUCUUCCCACCACAAGCACUGAGGACUGUUGACGUCGUGGGAAGCUUCCUUCCCUGCAGAAGAGAGAACGUGACAGUCUGGGCUCUGCUCCCACCCCUGUAGAGACGGCCCGCACUCACACCAAAACGUUGUCGCUCUUCACUUCCAGACCAGACCUUACAUUGGCCCUCCCUUCACUCUGCCUCUUGGAACAGUUCUUUAUGCACAGUCUAGGGCGGUCUAAGUACAAAUCAGAAGUCUAACUUGUCUCGGAUUCCUCCUGUUGUCUAUGUGUAUAUGCGUGAGAAUAGAGGCGGAUGAGAGUGUGCGUGUGUGCGUGUGUGCAAUUUUAUACGUCUGUGUAUUUUCUUAAGUACCUGUGCACACAUAGAGUGCAUUACUGCCACCUUUUUUCAAUAAGCUGUUUUAUCAGUUAUGGCUUCUACAAGUUUGCUAAUUUAGACUCCUUUAUUGCCAUAUCUUUAAACUAACAAUAGAUGAUUUCGGUAUAUAUAUAUUUUUUUUUUGCUUAUUUAUAGGUGCUGUAUUUUAUUAUCUGAUUGUUAGGAAGGGAUGAAAGGGGCAAAUAUUCUUAGAGGGAUAGACUGCCGGCAGUAUUGGGUAUAAUUUACAAGAUGUAGUUGUCCUACUGUAUAUUACUGAUUGAAAACUUUUUGACCGUAUUGUGUAUCAUUGAAACCUUUGUCUUAGGUCAACAUCUUUGGAUGGCAUUUUAAUGGUGCAUUCAUUAUUUCUUAAGUUUAAUUAAUAUUACCUUUUUUGAUUUGGGGGGGUGGGAGGGAGUUAUAAUUUUCAAGGUAUGCUCCCACUAUUACACCUGAGUGUGCUUGUAUUAAUUAACUUUGUAGGACUUUGACUGUAAGAUGUGAAACCACAUUUCUUGCAUGAUGUUUUAGGAAUUAUGUAGUUCAUUUACAGUCUUUUAACCUGCAACCGCAGCACUUAGUUCAAGUUUUCACAAAUUUAAGAGUCACUACACUAAAGACAAUGCCUUUUCAUGAAUAAGAAGUUUUCAGAAGGCUCUAGGAGGCUGGGAGGCAGGCUGUUUGUCUUUCGAUGGUCGUAUCAUCUCUGAACUUGAUACCUGGUUCAGUGAGAAGAGAAUUCAAAAUGGAGGAGCUUAAGGGGAAGCAGAUUUACCAUCUGGCUCGAUGCAGGUGCGUUAAGAAGAGCGAGUUUGCGUUAGUGACCCCCUAGGACAGUGAGUAGCAGAGCCCCUGACAGUACUGUGGUGUCCUCUCCACAAAAACCUCGAGGGAAUUUUGUCAUCGUGUGUGAUCAAUCUCUGAAUAUCUGAUUUUUCAUUAGAAUGAAAACCAGGGAGUUAACCGAAAUACUAGGGUAGUGUUUUAGUUUUAAAGGCAUGACUGUUAUUUACAAAGGUGUUCAACCCGAGGAAAUUGAGAAAGUAUAAAUAAGUUUGUCCAUUCUAGUGGCCAAAUAGAAACAGUAAAACAGCCACUCGGGCUCUUCCAAGCGGUUUAGUCCUUUCUGUUGGGUUUUGUUGGUUGGUUUGUGUUUUGUUUCGUUUUGUUUUCUUAACUAGGUUUUCGUUGAUUUCCACUCUACCUUUUUUGCCAGACUUACAUCUGGGUGCUCGAUACAAUCAGUUGGUUAAAGUUUGCUUGCGGUUCUGUGUUUGUAUUUUUUUUCCUCUAUUUAUUAUUAUUUUUUUUCAAUUGUGACCCCAACCGUAUGAUCUUUUGUGUCAAGCUUUCACUGUCUGUAAUACUUUUAAGAGCUGCCACUAAAUAGCAGACACCUUUCAGGGGGUGGGGGGAGCAUCCCCCCUCCUUGUCACACCUCUCAGUUCGAGUCUAAGGGUUGAUCUUUCAUCUUGAUAAGCAAUAUUCAAGUGCCUUGAACAGCAUCCUCUCCGGGGGGCUUACCUUCAGCUGGCUGGCAUUCCAUGCAGUAGCUCCCACAGGCAGCCGACCUCCUCCUCCUCUCUCUGCUCCAUCAGUUUAAAAAGCUGAUUUGUACCUCUCCCCUGGGGAAAACGGUUCCGUAUAAAACACUAACAUUUAAUUACAAGCUCCAUUAUACCAUUUUAAAUGGCUCCUUUUUGUUAAUUGGAGGCAGUGUUCAUAACUUAAGGUUUUUGCCAUUACUUAGCUGGCUAAGUGGAGGCCCGGUAUAAAAUCAGUGUUCACAUCCAGCCUCUUGACCCUGGGCUCCCACCCACACUCCUCUGUGGGGUAUCUGAGGUGGAAGGUGCGUGGGUUCUGUCCCAGACCUGGGCCCGCCCACUUCCACCGCCUGGCUCCCAGGUGACCGCCAACCUUGAACUUCGGGAUCAGUCGGGAUGUCUGUGAUUUCUGUCCGCCAGCCAGGCCGCCCUUUAGAAAGGAUUACCCCAGCCAGCUGGCUCAACUCGAUUAUUCUCAGAGCCGACCUGCGUGUAACAGCACCCCUACCUGAGGUAGCUCGUGAGCAGCAGACCGUCCCGGGACACAGGCUUCCAGAAGUCUCCAGGAAAUACCAGGCUCUUGACUCAUAUGACUACUAUUAAACCACAGCCACAAUGUCUGUGUGAGGGACUGAGGCAAAAAGGUGACAGUUGUGGGCUCCCUGCCCCGUGUCCUUGCUUUCGGCAUCUUUGUUUUCUCCCCAUUUAAAAACCAUCCUGUCCGAUGCGGACGUUUAGGUCCGCUGACUGGUGGUCCAGACCCAGAGAGCUACAGGGUUGAGGGUUUCUCUCUGCUCUCUGUGGCUGUGAGAGACCCUCCCCGUGGACCCGCAGCCCCCCGCCCAGCUGGCCGGCUCUAGGAGGAAGGAAACCCCUGGUCUCCCUCCAUGGCCCGAGCCAUGUCAAUCGUGGGGCUGUGAGGAAACCAAGCAGAAGGCAGGCUGUACUCUAAUCGGAGGGAAAGCUGUGGCAUGGGCUCGUGGCCCUAAGAUCGUGCCCCAGCCACACACACACACACGCGCGGCUCAGUCCACAGGCGGGUACCUUCCCCGCAGGUGGACUGGGUUUCUUUGUUCCUGCAGAACUCCUGCCCCCUCUCGCAGCAGUGAUCAAUGAACUCUAUUGACGUUCUAUGCAAUGUUUCUCCUCCCUCUCUCAUCUUAGAAAAACAAACCUCACUGAAGAUAACAGAGGACCCGGGGUGCGGGGAGUAGAUCAGACCCUUCCGGGAUGUGCACCGCGUGAAGCGGUGUUCAUGACUUACUCCAUCUUGACCUGGGGGACAACAGCCAUUGCCUUAAAUCCACUAUGACAGGCGCCUCUCGACAGGCCUAAAAACAAGAGUCUGCCCUUAGCCAUCGCAAGCCCCCUCUUUGGGGGGCCAGCAAGCCAGCCGCGCGGGGGGGAUGGAGCAAGGCGAGGUUUGGGCCUGCGUGGCCCGCGGGGUGGGCUGUUUGCCACGUUCCUUCAGGCAGGCCGUGUCCUUCCUUCCCUAGAAGUCCUCCCUGUCAGCACACUCCUCUGUCCCCUUCUACCUCACUAACCUGUGCUCCCACUUGACAUUACUCCCUUCAGAACCGCGAGGCACGGGGGGGGCUCUUGGCGGGGAGGGGAGAGCGUAGAGUGCUAGAAUCGUGGCGUUCGUGAGCGUGUCUGGGCCUGGUGGGCAGGCCUCCUUCCCUCUUCUCUUUUGUGAGCACAACUCGGACAGACAGCUGUGCUCCUCGAGGCACAUGGAUUUUUCUCUUGACUUCACCUGUUCCUGACACAUUGGCAGCCGUUUCCUUUGCAGGCAGGGGCGGUCUCAGGCCUCAGAGGGCCCCGCUCUGGCCGGCCUUCGCUUUCUGCCCAUUCCCGCUCAGCUGUUAGGAUCUGUCAGAGCCGUUCCCCUUGCCCUGGGCUGCCCCUGGCUGGCCAUGUGAGGACACAGCCCCGGGGUUCCUACCUGGCAUCGGGGAACUCUGUCUUUAUUUGUCCCUGGCAUAGGAAAGUUGUGACUUCAGCUCCACUGUGAGACGUCCUUUGGAAGCGUCUCGAGGACGGGAAAGGAAAGGGUGUUCUCCCAUCUGCAAACCCAGUCUUCAAUCACAAGACUUUUCCCAAAGGAGCAUACCGAUUUCUACGCAGUGCAGCAAAACCCAGCUCCCAGAGCCACUGCUUAGACGUGGGUCCACACACUCUGGUGGCCAGUGUGUCCUCCUGGUGGGAAAGACUUGGAAGCGAAAGCCUCAGGAUCGGUGUCAUCGUCAGGCACUUGGGCAUUUGCCAGGAAAAGCCCACAGUUAGAAACCCCCACCCCAGUGCUUUUGUGGUUUCGUGUGGGCCUUGGUGGCAACAGGGGAGGCUUCAUGACCCCUAAGGCAGAGCUCCCGCUCCAAGUGGCAAGAUGGUGGCCUGGGCCUCCAGCAGAGUUCUGUUUCCGGGUGCACUGAAUGUCGGUCCGGCCGGCACGCUCACUGAGACGGAGGUCCAGUUUGGCAACAUUUAUUUCCAUUCCCACCGGUUUCUGCCUUUUUGUAGACAAAAACAACCAGGAAACAAGUUCCCAAGGAAAGUUCCAGAAAGAUCCAGGCCGUGAACCCUUAGAGGUGUGCUGAAAGCAGAGGCCUGAACCCUCGGAAUGAAUGAGGAAGGCAGAGGAGGGGCAUGGAGGGCAGAGAGCUGGGCAGGAAAUGAGCCGCACCCGAGUUCCCUGCCCCGUCCUCGCCAGGGAAGGAGGAAAUGCAGCUUCCCAGUCUCUCCCACUUGCGGGACCUGCCCGCACCUGCCCAGGGCUUGCCGGCAUCCUUCCUCCACCUCCCCUCCAAAGAUGCUGUGACCACACUGUCAGUGGUAUCUCCAUUCUAAUUUUUGCAUGAAGUGACAUUUAGCUUUAACAAGACAUUUCCAAAGCGCCUAGUCUCCUCCAGAAUGCUAACUUUAAAAGUUGGGCAUUGUAGGCGAAGAAUCCUAAAAAAGGCUAGCAAGAGAAAGGCAUUAGGCUAUGCAUAAAUGUGCACUUCCCCAUCCCCCUGUUAUAAGCCUUUGAAAAUAACUUUUGAGUUGCUUUCCAUGGGUCUAGUUUCUCCAGUGACGUUAGGUAUAGUCUGUGUUCCUGUCAUUUCCUUAGUGUUUAGGCUUUAAUUUCUACCACAAAAUAUGCUCUUAUGCUAUGUAUCAAGCUUUCUGUGAUCAGAAAGGAAAGGUGCCUUAUAUCCCAAUGUCACGGCUACAUCCCUAUGGAAAAUAAUCAGAAGCACAGUGUAAGGAAGCGUUGGGACUUCCACUGGUGAAACCAGACACCAUUCAGCUAGAUGCAUUGAAAAAGUGGCACGGGGCUGCUUUUGUUUGAAAGUUCCUCUCCUUUUUCAUUUUUUCCAUCUUUUUCUUUGCUUGCUUUCUUUGCUUUCCUUUGUGUGUGUGUGUGCGUGUGUAUGUGUGUGUGUGUAGUUUGCUUUAAACAGAAAGCACUUAAGUAGAUGACUAUGUGUGUAAAAAGCUCUGUGCAAUAGAAAUCAUUUUUCUUCAUUUUUAAGAGAUAAUGUAUUGCACACCAAAUGAACUCAAAGUAAGCUUUAGACCAGGACGAUUCAGGUUGUGGAUGGGAACGUUCACUGUAGUUCCGUUUGUUCAUGAACUGAAGGGAAAACAGGCCUCCCCAGCCCCCCUCCUCCCCUCUCUCAGCCUGCCUCUUGCUGACCCCCCCCCCCCAAGCUAGGUGUACAGGGCCCACAGGUCCCGGGGGAACCUGGCUGGGUGGCAGGGGAGGUGGGGGGGCGUGGUGGGGGGUGUGACUCAGCAGCUAAGAACCCUCCCGAUUGUGAGACCACAGCCAUCCCUUCCAGCACUUAACCUUUCCUUGAGAUGAGUUGACUGCUACUGACCUGCCAGCGUGCGUGAGGAUAAUUAUAAAAGGAUGUUUCCUUGAGAAGAAGAAAAAAAAAAUUUAUUUCUAUCCUCUUCUAUUUAUUGUUAGGGUUAAUCAUUUAAGUUCUUAUCAGGAGUGUAUUGUUUUGUGUUGUUGCUAUAAAUGCUUUUUGCUGUCACUCCGGUGGUUACUGUCUUCUGCCUCCUGCCCCCUCCCCCCGCCACACACACACACACACACACACACACACACACACACACACACAACACCCCCCCACCCUGCAAAAGAACCGAAGGGCCUGGGGAUUUGACUGGGGGGCAGAGGGGGCUUCUCCAGCAGAAUCAGACACCUGUCUCCAGGGUAGCCGCUCAAAAGCUGGUGGUCUCCCCGGGUCUGACUUUUUAAAUGAGAGUUGAAAAACACUCGCCUGAGGGGCUACAGAGACUUAGAAAAGCGAAGUUCAGUUCCCCCCAAAGCCUCCUAGAGCCUCUGGUAAGCCUUCUGGGUUCAUGAAGUUCCAGCGAGCCCUGGUCAGAGCAGGCGCGGCUGGCCUGGGCGAGACCGUGGCUUCCAAGGGAGAGAGGUUUCUCGCAAGGCUCGCACUGGUUUGCUCUGUUGUGUUGGCUUUUCUUGUCGUUCUUGUGGUGGCUUCCCUUGCGUACAAAGUUGGGUCAAAAACAUCUUGUGAAACAGCAGUGUUUGCGAGUCCGGCAAUGGCUUGAGGACCCUCACCGGGGAGGUCGUGGGGGAGCCCCUUUCUCCCCUUUAAUGUGGUGAAGCGUGGAGGGGGGGAACACGAUGCUUGCUAAUCAGGUGUGAUGGUGAGGAGGGGCUGGCCCAGGAGGACGGGGCUCCCCCAGAGGCCAAGGUCCUGGUGGGGCCACACAGCCAACCCCCGCCUCGCUUUCCGUGCCAUGACUUCUCCCCUUUUCUGAAAUCGUUGGGGGUCCUGAUCUUGUUCUCCUCUCUUUGAAAGAAAGCCCUCCAAUGAAAUCAUCGCCCCCAUCCCUCCGCCCACCCCCCCCACCACCACCAAAGGGUUUUCAUUUCUCUCGAAUUAGUCUAUGCAUUUCUCUCUCUCUCUCUCUCUCUCUCGCCGUUUUCUGCCUCUUUCCUUGAGAAAACGGGCAUCUCCCGUCCCACCGAGACCCCUCAGAAAAAUGCUGUGCAUUUUGGAGACGUGAGGAUUCAUGCAAAAAUUCUUACAGCAUUUGAGCAUAAUUCGUCGGAAAAUAGAAGUGGGAGG